GAGAGCCGGGAGCGAGAGAAGCAGCUGAAAGAGUCCAAUGAGGAGCUACAAAGCCGACUGGACGGCUUGCGCGAAGCUCUGGCCGAGCGCAGCAAGGAUGAUCCUGAGGAGAAAGCUCAAGAUGAGCGUGAAGAAAAAUUGGAAGAUACCAGGCCAAAAAGCGAUGUCGACAAGAAGGAGAGUCCCGCGCCAACAGACGAAGCGCUGUCGGCCGAGUCUGCACCAUGCGAGGUCCCAGAGACAAUGGCAGAAAAGAAGGAUAUGGUUGCGCAGCACGAAAAGGAUGAGGAUGACCAUGAAGAGGAAGUCAAGGAACAGGAGGAAAUCACUGCCGACGAUGCGUCAGAAAAAGUGGACAAGCAAGAUGGGGAUAAAGAGGAGGACGGGGAAGUGGAGGAGGAAGAAUCCGAGAAGGAGAAGGUGGCUCCGCCGAAGGCGGAGGAAAAAGACGAGAAGGAGUCUCCGGUCACUGACGACAAGGCGGAGGGGUCGGCGCCUGCUGGGAAGGAAAAGGCAGAGGAGCUCG